AUGACUCAACUCCCCAAGCCAAGUGCCCUCCCUCCCUCCUCCAACGCCAACACCACCAACUCCCAAGAUCACGAACAACAUCACGACCAAACCGCACACAAAGACGCUGCCUCCUCCUCCGCUGCCGCCACCGCCGCCUUCCCCAAUCCCUCCCUCAACCUCCGCAUCGCCAACCUCGUCCACCCCGGCUCCUCCCUCUUCCUCUCCUCCACAAACCCCUCCAUCACCAUCCCCCGCGCCAUCAACAACCUCCUCCGCCUCCUCUACAACAGCCCCUACGACCCGUCCACCCACCCCCCGCCAACGUCCUCCAUAACGCUCAUCCUCGAGGACUUUUCCGGCGUCGCCUACACCGUCGGCAACUCCUCGGACAACAACGUCAAGGAAAUCCACUUCUCGCAGUCGUACAUCUCGCACAUCGACCGCACUCGCCUCGCCAACGAAAUCGACGGCGUCUUGACCCAUGAGCUCGUCCACUGCUUCCAGUACAAUGGACAGGGAAGGGCGCCGGGAGGGUUGAUUGAGGGCAUCGCGGACUGGGUUCGCUUGCGCUGCGGGUUGGCGCCGCCGCAUUGGAAGCAGGAGGUCAAGGAUAACUGGGAUGCUGGCUACCAGCACACGGCCUAUUUCCUCGACUACCUGGAGCGAAGGUUUGGCAACGGGACGGUGCGGAGGAUCAACGAGAGUUUGAGGGUGAAUCGCUAUGACGAGCGCUCCUUUUGGCUGCAGCUCUUUGCGCAGGAUGUCAAGAGUUUGUUUGCAGACUACACCAGAACUCUCAGACAGUAG